CUAGACGUAGAUGUCGCUCGUGUCGGCUAAACAAAUGCUAUGCUAUGGGCAUGAAUAUGGACUACAUUAACACCAAUAUAAUCGCCACAAAUAGCAAAAAUUUAAAUCAAGAUUUAGCCGUAGUUUCCGUUGCCAUCGACCGGCCCCUCACAGACAUUACGUCCGAAUUGCGUGAAUUAGAGGCCAACCGAUUGCGGCAAUUGAUUCGCGCGACUAAUAUAUCACUGAUUACGGUGUCGCCGGAAACGGUAGAGUUUGUCCGGUUUUACGUGAACCAGUCGAGCACCCGGUGCCGGGUGUUGGAGCUGAGGCUUUCAAUAUAU